AUGAAUUAUCCCCACAUAUACGAGCAGUCGGUCCACACGGCGCUGGAGGACAUCAAACGCAUCCUCGAAACGAACCGGAAACCACUUUACGCCGCGGACGUCCCGCACACCUACACCGACAACGCUCAUGUCACCUGCCUCGACCUGCUCGGCUGGAAAGAUGACUCGGAGGCCUGGCGCGUAGCGAGGGAAUGGUGCGCUACGUCGGAGGCGGAGCGUAUGGGAGUAGUGAUGAGGUUCGAGUCGGAGGAGCAUUGUGACUUUUCGAGAGAGCGCGAACGUGUGGUCGAGGGCCCUGUGAGCGACUUUACAUCUGUGACUGGGGCGGCGGCGGUGCUCGGCAACGAUAACAAAAACAACCACAGCAAUAACGACGGAAAUAGUAGCAAUAGAGCGGUCGACACAUUUCUCCUGCAUAGCCAGCACAAAGUCGUGACAAGGAUCAAAGAGUACGUCUAUCUCAUCCAUGUGCGGUACCGCCUGUCCCUCUUGUUUGGGCUCAAAAACGCGACGGCAGAUGCACAACAGCGAGUGGUGAUAUUGGGAGAUGUGGAACGCAGCAGAGAGAUGGUUUCGACCGUCAAGAAUGUGCCCCGAAUUCCGCUUUCACGCGUGAGGGAUCCCGCAGAUGUGGACGACACGUUUAUGUUGUCACAGUUGUCCGGAGACGACACCGAGCCUUUCCAGUUCCGGAUCGAUAGGACGGACCCAGAGUGUGUUACCCCGCGGCGUAACCCGGCCAUCAACAAGGCCAUUGCCUACUUUUAUUCCUUCUUGUCUUGGGCCACUCAAGUACGCAAUUACUUUCUGUAUGGCCUGGCGGAACUAGUCGAUUGGACCCAAGUGAAUUUGGCAGCACUGACGGAUCAUGACACCUUUGUCCCCGUCGUCCCCCUUUUCGAAAAGCGGACUGACAGCCCCAGCGUCCUGCUGUCGCCCUUCGACCUCGGUCGCUUCUUAGCAGAGCAGAAACAAACCCUAAAUGAACGUUUCGCCAUGGUCGACAGUGCCAUUCCGGAUGGGAAAAUCAUCACGGCAGUGGAAGGAAAGCUGAUUGUCAUGGUCAACCACGCCACGACACUCUCGAGCAUUUUCGUGCGGUCCAUAUCCGGAACCUUUGAAGACCACAAGAGCCCCGUCAUGUACGUUCCCAUCAACGCCGCCACCAAGAUUCCGUUCUCUGGCAAACGCACCCUGCACGCCUGCCUGUUCCAUCACUUUUCCGAUUCGGGACGUUUCGGGCCCGCCAGCCGCAUCGUAUCCCCCACCGAAUUCGAGCCGCAGGGUGCCCUUAUCGUAAAAAACAAGGACGAUCUGGACAUUCCGCUCAACCUCGAGCUGAUCCCGACCGCGCAGGAAUUCAACGACGCGAUCGAAUCGCUCUCGCUUGAGCAGCAGACCUUUGCGAAAGCGGUACGCGCCCUCCAGCUCCAGGCCACGUUGUUCGCCAUCUGCCACAUCGACAUCAAACCGCAGCUGGAAUCACUCUUCAAUCUGCCCUCUGACGCACCCACGAAGGAGAUCAAGCUUACGCAGGAUUUGAUGCAGCUCUUCAUAGAGCACCAGAUCCCGAGUGAUCUGCUGCGGUUUGAGGAGGAGAACCCCCCGGCGGAAACCACCACCCUGACGGCUCGGUUGGCGGCCGUGAAGGCGUACACCGCCAACAUCUUCGCCAUGAUAAAGAUUGCGGGGCAGGAGGAGAUCGAAAGCGCCAAAGCGAAAGCACAGCAAACUGUGUAUGGCAGUUUCUCUCCUGGCAGCCCAGCCUACUCUAUUACCAGCGCAAACUACUCUCCUAACAGUGCAUGCUACUCUCCUACAGAAGGGCUUGGAAGCGCCACGAGGUCUGCUGCCCCUGCAGGCCUUUUCGGCAGCAGCAGCGGUGUUUUACGAGCCGCUCCGCCUCCUGCUGCCACAGGUCCUAUGGUCCCCGAGCCUAUAAAAUUGAAAUCUAAGGUGGCCACUGGCGCGGUUGGCAUGGCGGCACAAGGUGCGCCGGAGGCCAUGUUUGCGUCCGGCAUGCCAGAAACCCAACCCAUCGCGUCUUCGCAAGAGCAGCGUCAACCCACGCCCCCGCGCCCGUCCACCGAAGACGACGGUGGGGCCGACGACGACAUUGAGAACUCCACACCGGAAUCAGACCCCCGGUUCCACUUCAUGCGCUUCCCGACGACCCUGGACACACGUCUCCGGGCGUUGGCUUCCAAAGACGCCAUCCGCCCCACCAUCCUCUCCCUCGGCGAGGCAUGGACACGCCACCGCGCGGCCUCCAUUCUGCAACGCGUAACGAAAUCUCAGCUCGACCCAAAUACGCAACGCAUGGAACGGGAAGCGGCGUUCGACCUCCUAGACGCACUUUCCAGAUCGGGGACCGUCCCCCUCCACCACGCGCAUUUGCAUUUCAUUUGCGCCGCGACGCAUGCGCUCGAUAUGACCCUGCUGGACACGGUCGUGCAGAAGAACGUAAAUCCCUUCAAGAGAGUCCGAGACUCGGCGUUGGUCAUGGCUGCUACCGUUGCUGGCAUCCCGGAAGCAGAAGCCGAAACGCUGUGCUGUAAUCCGCCAAAAAAGGCCUUGAAAGCGAAAUGA